AUGAAGGCAGUGAUCUCUCUCAAAGCUGCUGAAGAUUCUUUGGAGAAAAAGAAAGUGACCUGGGCAUUUUUUGAAGAUCUGUAUAUGUAUGCAGUCCUUGUGUGUUGCCUGGGGAUCCUCAGCGUUCUGCUCUUCACCCUGGUCAUUGCCUGCCAGUCUGUGCUUCACAAGAGGAAAUCUAGAGUGAGACAUUAUUUGGUGAAAUGCCCUCAGAACAGCUCAGGGGAAACUGUCACCAGCGUGACCAGCUUGGCCCCACUGCAGCCACAGAAGGGCAAGAGGCGGAAGGAGAGGGCAGAUGUUCCACCUGCAGUCCCUGCCAAAGCUCCGAUAGUCACCACUUUCCACAAACCAAAGCUGCUGAAGCCACAGAGGAAAGUCGCCCUGCCAAAGAUCACCGAGGAAAACUUGACCUAUGCCGAGCUGGAGCUCAUCAAACCACACCGGGCUGCCAAAGGCGUCCCCACCAACACCGUCUAUGCACAGAUACUUUUCGAGGAGAACCAGCUGUAGUGACACCUCCUCUCUGGCAGUCACCUGUGCUCCUGGUUAUUUAUGACACUCAGAAACAAACGCCCUAUUUUUGUAUUUUCACCUGUGCCUUCGGCAUGGUGGGGAGGCCCUUCCCACAGCAUUCUGAUGUCUUCUAAGAGGUACGCACUCCCCAGGAAAGAAACUCUUGCCAUGUCUCCUAAGACAAGAGGUCCCUGGACUGAUCAGGGGGUACGAGGACCCUGCUUCCGAGGGCAUCUGCUGAGCCAACCCUUAUCACCUUCUUCUCCUCUUCUUGAGUCUUAAUUUGUUGGGAAAAAAAUUAAAUCUUAAUUUUGAUCAUCUACCCACGCCAUGUCUAAAACAUCAAGCACUCCAUUUAUAGCCACAAGAAAUGCCUAUAGAGACCACAAAGAGAGGCAGUUCUCUGAGGUUCAGAUGGUAAUGCUGGGGCGCCCAGAGCACAGCAAGCCCCUGGUGGUGAUGGCAAGCAGCCACUUAGGGUGGCAUCCAUAGUUUUUAAUAGAUGCUCCGAAGCUGGCCACGUAAUGACAGGAGAGCUGGUGUCUAAGGUCUGUCUCAGAAAAUUGUAGUACUUCUCUUUAGACCCAUCCUUCCCGGCGGCUGUAGGUCCACAAAGAGCACCACUGUGAAGUGCUUAUCCUCUUUUGGCAGAGUGGUAGGAAAACAUUGUUUUUCUUCUCUAAAGACUGGAGUGUGGUUCCAGUGGGUACAUCAUGUAAGUGAACAAAGUGUGCCAAGCUCAGUCAACUCUUGCUCAAGGGAGGGCAGAGCCUUUCACCAUUCCCUCAACAUAGGAAUGGAAGUAUGAGCCAUGCUGGAAAACUGUUCAGGAGAACUCAGCUCCUGACAACUGCUUUGUCCAUCUCAGCCUCGGAUGCUAACUCUGAUGGUCUCAGGUAGAUGUCGGAGGACUGUGGGGCAUAAGUCCACGGGGAAGUUGCUCUGCAGACCUAUACAAUGUACAAAGAUGUCGGACUCCAUGAAAGUAGCCCCACUCUGCGAGAGACAGAGAGACACCCUGGCAUCCGCAGUGCCAUUAAGGAUGCUUGUUGACUUCUGUGUACUCUGGUCGCCACUUACUACACUCUAUAAACGUUGUUUGGCUAUGUAAUUUACCGUGUAUAUAUGAUAAAUUAUCUAUUUUAAACACAGCUGGGGUGUGUGUUGUCCCUUCUAUGUCCCUGUGGGACUUACUUGAGUUUCUUAACCCCUAAUCACCUUGGAUUUUCUGUAUGUUUAAAAAAAAAGUCCCUCCUAGGAUUCUUGAGGGUUAAAUGG